UCGCGUUGAACUUGCGUUGCGAACGGACGUGUUUACGCGGGGGCGUUCUGUAAAAAUCGAAAUCAAAUCGUAACAGAAUAUAUAAUAAUAGCCCAACAAAAAAGUGUGCUUGAAUAUUAAUUAAUUUUCGCAAGUGGCAGUGUGUGUGCUGAUUGCAGCUGUGCAACAAAGUGUUAAUUGCGAGCGCAAUUUAAAAUCAAAAUCAAAAAGAAAGCCAAAGUGAUUUGUUAUUGCAAGAAAUUUGUGUUGUGUUCUGUUGUUGCUGACUCGGCGCGCAACGCGCUGCUUAUGCAAAUGUGCUGCGCUGCGCUGCGUCCUCACACAGCAGUGGCCAAACAAACUGCAGCUGGUCUGAAGCGCCUGCAAGUUUUAUGAAUGAGUCGGACCCGGGGCACAGACACAGGAUCAGCCGCAACGUGUAUAGCAGCAGGAGAAGAAGCAGCCACUGCACAUUAAAAUGGCCUUCAGCUAUGCCUGCCUCGUCCUGCAGCGAGUCGUCGUGCCGGCGGUUCUGGUGCUGGCUUCGCUUAUGCGACCGGUGGGCAUAUCGUUUGUGUACCUGUUGAUGUUCUUCAUGUCGCCCUUCAUCCCGCUGGCCACACGUCGCAACUUCAAGGGCUCCGUGACUGCGUUCUUCAUCAUCUUGCUCGCUUUGAGCACUCUGGUCCUGCUGGGUCACAUUGCGCUCCAAGUGCUGGCUUUGAGCACCACGUUGCCCAUUUACAAUUGCUCCUUAAGCGAGCGUCUGUUGCGGCACAUUGGCUUCAUAAGUUUCAUCAAUCUGAAACCCUUGGCCAUUAUUGAGUGGUUGGCUCCAGAGGUACUCGUUUUGGCCACUUCGCUGGGUUCCUUCCUCACUGUGAAGCGAGUGGCGACACAAACUGUUAAUGCCGAGCAGCUGGAGAAUGGCGAGUUGCCAGAAUCUCAGUCGGAGCAGCAGGUGGCCAUUCAGGAUGCCAAUGGCGGAGAUGUGCAACAGGCAACGGCCACAACGCCGCUGCAACAGCAACAACAGCAGCUGAGGAAACGUGUUUCUAUGAUCAGCCAGCACAUUCACUUCGAGGGAUUGAUCAAGAUAUCUCCUCUGUUCUGUUUGGCCACGUUGUUCUUUGCCGCCGUGCUGCGUCCAUCAGUGCCAGGUGGCUUCUAUUUUCUCAUCUUUCUGCUGGCGGGCACCUACUGGGCAACAUGCCAGACUUUGCAACGGGGCUUCGCAUUGUUGCUGCGUUGCGUGAUGUUCGUCCUUGUGCUGCAUUCGCUGUGCAUUGUUUCCUAUCAAACGCCCUGGAUGCAAAACCAUCUCAAUCACACUAGUCUCACGGCCCGCUUAAUUGGCCUGGAGCCGCUUAUCGAGUCCGAUUGCUCUCCGGAUAUACGUGUCCUGCUGUACAAUAAUACCCUCUCUCUGGACUCGUAUCUGAAUCCUUUUGCCAUGCUCUUUGCCUAUUUUGCGAUGGCCCUGACCACAAAGCACCUCAUCAAGCCACGGCUGGUGCGUCAAAGCACUCGCAAGGCUCGUACUCUUCCGGCUGUGGAAUCAACGGGAGCUACAACAACGGCACCUAGCGGUUCACGUGGCAUUGAUAUACAACUGGACACGAUGGAUCGUCGCUCCGAGCAGGAGAAUAAUACCACAUCCAUACUCGAUCAAAUAUCCUACGGUUUUGUCAGCGUCGGUGGCUUUAUCUAUCAAAAUAGCUAUAUAUUCACCAAUAUUCUUAUGAUGGCCUGGUCCAUAGUCUACCACAGCUGGUUGACCUUUGUGCUCUUACUGUGGGCCAAUGUGCUGUGGAUGAUACCUAAUCAGCGUAAGGCAAUGAUGCGUUCCAGUCCAUUUAUAGUGCUCUAUGCAGAACUGCUGCUGGUGGCCCAAUAUAUCUACGGCAUGGAUCUGAAUAACGAUGAGCUGCCAACCAAAGUUUCAACAGCGGGCAUUAAUUUGCAGCAAAUUGGUUUCGAGCGACCCAUUGAGAAUCAUAUGCGUCCUUGUGUGCCGCUGAUUGUGAAAACCGCCUUUGUGCUGAUGUUCUGGGUGACAUCGCGUCAAUUUUUCAAAGAGAAACGCGACAGACGCAGAGAUAGCACAUUGGCGGAUAUUAUUGCACCGCUGCAGAUAACCGUCGGCUCGGCUGGAUCAAGCUACCUCAUCAACGAUGGCAAGAAGUCCUCAAAGUUCCUAAAGAAAGCCGGUGAUGUGAUUAAAAAUCUAUUGGUGCGUCUAUGGAUUUGGCUGCUCGUUCUGGUCAUCUUUUUGUGUGCCAUAACAGGCGAGGAUAUGACGGGCUUUCGCAUUUGCUAUAUGGCAUUGUUCCUAUUCUUCUUGCUUGUCUUUCAAUCGUCGUCCAAGGCGUGGGUCAAGAUUAUGUAUGGCUUUUGGCUGUUCCUAAUCUUCUAUGCCAUGUCCAUAUUGAUAUUGAUCUAUACAUAUCAAUUUGAUAAGUUCGACAUCUACUGGAAGGACUAUCUCAAUGUGUCCCAAACACUUCAAGCUGAUAUUGGCCUGAAGAUCUACGAGACUAAGGAUCUGUUCCUGCAUCUGGUAUCGCCAACAAUUAUUGUCAUACUCACUGUGAUACAGGUGCACUACUUUCACAAGCGUUUCAUUGCCUCCUUGCAACCACAGGGGCCGUCUGAGACCGCACAUCAGAGACACACAGAGACAACCGCCUUGGAGCCAUCGGCGCCAUCAAAGCGUCGUGGCAGUGCCAGCUCCUUGCGUAGAUCAGUUGGACCCACAGCCGAGGCAGCGGCUGGUGCUACCACCACAGACUUUGAGACAUCUGUGCGUGAUUUGGUGCGCAUAUCAUUUCGCAAGAUUAAAAACAAAUCCGAAUACAUAUUCAAGAGAUUCAAGACCGUCUUUUGGCGAUUCCUCGAGCUGCACAUCAUGAAGGCCGUUUACAUUGCCGCCUUUGUGUGCAGCGUUAGCGAAGUUUGCGUUCUUCACAUUGUCUUUGUGGGCUUCUGUGUGCUGGGCGCCACCUCACGCAAGUCCGUCCAAGUAGUCAUAAGUCGUCUGAUAUCGUUUAUCGUAACCAUCAUUGUGCUCUCCAAGAUGAUAUAUCAAAUUGAGUAUUUGGAUCACAAGCAGUACAGUGUUACCUGUGCCGACAAUCGCUCCACCAACAACGCCGAAUGGAUUGGCCUGAACAAGGCGGAUAAACUGGAGGGCGGCUUGAUGGGUUUGCUGCGCACUUACAUCAUCUACAUGGUCAUUGUGACCAUGCAUGCGGUCAUCUCACUGCGUCAACUACAGAUGCGUGCCAAGAUUGGCGAGAUCAGCGCCAAUCAGCCAAAGUUGCUCUUCCAGAAUAUUACGCGUGCCGAUGCUGAGAAAGACUUGGUUGGUCUGGCCAAGUAUCUGCUUAACUUUGGCUUCUACAAGUUUGGCAUUGAAAUAUCGCUGAUUUCACUCGUUGCGACUAUAACUUAUCGUCAAGAUAUUGUUGCUGUGGCCUAUGCCCUGUGGUUGGUGGUGCUGUUGCUGCUUAGACGUUCCCAGUGUGCCAAAAUGUGGGGCGUAUUCCAGGCCUUCUUUGCCAUCUCCAUAUUAUUACAAUACAUUGUGCUGGUGGGAUUGCCGCCUAGCUGGUGCAUGGUUUAUCCAUGGGAUAAUGGCUCGUUUGGUGAGAGCAUACAACGCUGGACAAUGCUGCCGGGCGCCUUACAUUUCAAUCAUGUGCCAAAGCUAAUCUUUGACUUUAUUGUGCUGAUCAUAUUGAAUCGGCAGAAGAGCAUUUUCUGCAUUGAACAACGCUAUGCCACCAAUGAUGAUUAUCCGGGUGGCAGCAAUCGCAGUGUCAUUGCAGAUAUUGCUCAAUUGGGACGUGUUCCUUUUGAUAAUCCGACGCAUGAUUUCUGCUCCUACAUUCGCAACUAUGCGGACAUCUUGAAGAAUGGCACUUUAUGCGGUUUCUAUUGGUUCACCUUGGCUGUGGUCUUUUUGGCGGGCACAAAUAUUGCGGAUCUGCUGGCACUGGGUUAUUUGAUUGGUGCCUUUAUCUUCCUUUGGCAGGGCUCCGAUUUCUAUCUGCGUCCCAUUAACACCAUCAUCAGUCGCUGGAAAUGGCUGCUGGCCUUCAAUGUGGCCAACAUUCUGAUCAAGACGAGCUUUCAAAUGGCCGGUUGUCUGUUUAUGACGCCAUUAACCACCAAUUGCUGUUGGCUCGUCCAUAUGUUGGGCAUCACCUGCUCCAGCAAUGCGAUAAAUCAGCAACUGCAGCCGCCGGAUGAAACGGAUAUCAUCUUAGGUCCCGGCGAAUGUCCCAAAAUAACGCAUCAUGUGGUGCUGCUCUGGGAUGCGAUUUGUUUUGCAUUUAUUAUCUUUCAGCUGCGCAUCUUCAAGUCGCAUUACUUCUGUCACAUCAUCACGGACACCAAGGCUAACAAUAUACUCGCCUCCAGAGGUGCUGACAUCAUUGAGAGCUUGCGGCAGAAGCAAAUUGCCCAUCGUCAUGACCAUGAGAAGCAGGUGCUGCACAAGAUCAAGCGCAAGAUGGAACGCAUCCGUGCCACACAACAGAAGAUGUUGCGUCCUUUGGAUAAACAAACCCACUUCGAUGGGCAACGCACGCCCUUGGAGCAGUCGUUAUCGGAGGCAGCGCCUUUGGCACAUCAGAGCAGCUUUGUUUCCUGUCAGGGCUCUGGCUAUCAGACGCCCGAUGGUCCCAGCUGCCAUAGUAGCUCUGCAACAUCCUCGCCAGCUCGUGCCUCGAUGCUGUCGAGCAGCAGCAGCAGCGCCGAGAGCGUUGAUAGCGCCGAUGCGGCUGUCAUCAUUGAGCCAGAGAUUAAUAUUAUGCUCUGCGAUGAUGCUAUGGAUUAUGCUGAUGUGCAGUCCGUCAGUGAAGAACCGGAUGAGCCGACUACGCUGAUGCCACCUAAAGCUACUCCCACAGCUGUAAGUGAUGACGGUAAUCCAAGGAAAAUUCCAUUAAAAAUAUGCACUUCCUCGAAGCCAACGACUCCAAGUACUGAAGCACUUUCAACACUGCUUACUGAGGGAUUUCUGGAGCCCAAGCGUAUCUCGUUGGGAUUGGCGCUAUCCGAGCAAAGUGGACAAACAAAUAUGCAAGCUUUGAUGCCGCCCUUGGCGGCAUAUGCAACAGCGAUGGUCUCCAGCGCGGUUGACUCUGCCAAUCUUACGCCCAAUCUGCGACGUCAUCAUCGACGACAAUCUUCGACAAAUGCAGCUGUGUCCUGGAACGAAACAGUGUCCAUUAAACACUCCCCCUUGAAACAGGAUGCGUCGUCGGAGCAUGAGGAGCUGGUGACAAUGCGUGAAAAGUCGCUGCACCGUCGUCAUUUGAGCAUGGGCAAUGCCAGCUACUCGUUGGACGAGGCCCAGUCCCGUCUACGUCGUGCCAGCAACUUGUACGGAGCCAAAGAUGAUGCUGCGCUAAGAUAUGCCCAACGUCCUCAUAGUUGGGGACCCGUCGGUACGGCCUACUAUAUGGAGUCUCUGAUGUGCGCCUUCUAUGAGCCCGCACUGCUGCAUGGACCAUCUACGCGUGCUGGCGACUAUUACAUGUUUGAGGAGAUGGAUGAUAAGUUUGAGCUGGAUUUGAUACAUGAUGAGAUUGAUUUUAUGGAGGAGGAGAACAUCACGGAAAGCGAGAUGAAAAUGCAGCGACGCAAGACGUUAUAUGAUAAAUCAAAGGAUGCGCCCACGGACUUCUUCCCCUCGACCAGCAAAGGCGUCUCCAAGGAACGCGAUGCGGCACACAGCAUAAGCACCCCAAAGACAACGAAGGAUAUAAUCGAUUUGCCAACAACUGCAGCAUUAUCGACGGCACCACGUGAAGCCACCUCGAAGGAAACCUCGGAUAGUAAAUCCAAAAUGGAGCUCGAUAGCGCCGAUGUUACGGCUAAGGACUCUGAUGAGGAUUUCGAUACGAAUCCUAUUAUUCGACUAUUGGAAGGCUUUUUGGUUACGUUAACUAUACGGCUGAAUCGAUUUUCCCGAAAUUAUCGUUUCGUCAAUCGUAUUUUGGCGGGCGAAAAGAAAACUCUGAAGGAAUCGAGCUCACUGAAUCGUCUGGGUCUGUCCAGUGCUGCAGCAAUGUUCAAUUUUCUCAAAUCGAAUCUCGAGAGUGAUGAGAAUGGUGGUCAGCCUGUUACAUCAUCAACACCGCGCCGAUCACAGGUCACGGCAACAACAACACCGCCAACAACAACAUCAGCUACAACAACUACAGACAAUCUCACAAAUGAACACUAUAGCACACCACUUAACACAAAUACAACAACCACACCGCUCUCACCGCAAGAACCACCAGCAACCAGUACACCACACCACCACGAAGAUAUCAUCGAUUUACCCGUAGAUACCGUUGAUGCAGCAACAUCUAGAAAACAAUCAAUCAGUUCAUCGCCGCCAACAAAAGGUGCCGGGGAAUUUAAUCUGGAGGAGGAGAACUUUGCCCAACGUGAUCAUCACAUUAUUGUCGAGGUUUUAAUCUCUUCCUGGUACGCGCUGUUGGCCAAUACGGAUCUCAUUUGUUACAUCGUGGUGUUCAUCAAUCAGGUGGUCAAUGCCAGCAUCAUCUCGUUGCCGUUGCCCAUAAUGGUCUUUCUGUGGGGCACACUAUCCCUACCGCGUCCAACGAAGACCUUUUGGGUCACAUUGAUUGCCUACACUCAGGCCAUUGUGCUGAUCAAGUGCAUCUUUCAGUUUAAAUUGAUUUGGUCCAACUACCAAAAUGUACACAAUCAACCUUUGACUGCCGCCAAAAUCUUUGGCGUUGAGAUGAAGACUCAUUAUGCGGUCUAUGAUUUGAUAUUGUUGUUGGUGCUCUUUCUGCAUCGAUAUCUUCUUAAGUCGCAGGGUCUAUGGAAGUCGGGCUACAAGGAUGUUGAUCAACAGUUCACCAAACCCACGACCAGCAUUGAUGAGCGCGAGGAUAGCGAUAAUUUGUCACAGCCAGAUUCACGUCAGAUCAAUGAGGAUGCCGCCCAAAAGUUGAGCCUGCAAGUUAGCCAGGUUUCCUUGCCAGGCUCGCCGGAGUAUAGCAAGUCAGCCAUUAAUCAAUUGGAACGCACCAAGUACACAUCCUCUUUGCACAAGUUCUUCUUCAGUUUGGUGCACAAAUCCCGACUGGCCACCGAUGUCUACGCCUUGAUGUUCCUCUGCGACUUUGUCAACUUCUUUGUGCUGCUUUUUGGCUUCACAGCAUUUGGCACCCAACAAACGGAGAGCGAUGGCGGCGUGCAAACAUAUCUGGCGGAGAAUAAGGUGCCUGUACCCUUCCUGAUCAUGUUGCUGGUGCAGUUCCUUCUCAUUGUCAUCGAUCGUGCGCUUUAUCUGCGCAAAGCCCUUGUCAACAAGAUUAUAUUCCACUUCUUCUCUGUGAUUGGCAUACACAUCUGGAUGUUCUUUGUGGUACCAGCGGUAACGGAGAGAACUUUUAAUUCCUUGGCACCUCCAAUUAUAUUCUACGUCAUCAAAUGCUUCUAUAUGCUGUUGAGCUCGUAUCAAAUCAAAUCGGGUUAUCCCAAGCGCAUUCUGGGCAACUUCUUUACCAAGGGCUUCUCGAUGGUUAAUAUGAUUGCGUUUAAGGUUUACAUGCAAAUACCGUUCCUUUACGAGCUGCGCACGAUCCUCGAUUGGGUAUGCAUCGACAGCACCAUGACAAUCUUUGACUGGCUUAAGAUGGAGGACAUUUUCUCGAAUAUUUAUCUAAUACGUUGCACACGGCAAUCGGAAACCGAUUUUCCGGCGAUGCGCGCACAGAAAAAAGCUGCAAUUUCCAAGCUCAUCAUGGGCGGCACGGUUGUCCUGCUGAUUGUGAUUUGCAUUUGGGGACCGCUUUGUUUGUUUGCACUUGGCAAUGCCGUCGGCACAUCCAAUGUGCCAUAUCAGGUGUCGUUGUCCAUACGGAUUGGACCCUACGAUCCUAUCUAUACGACCAACAACUACGACAGCAUUUUCGAAAUCGAUUCCAAGAUGUAUGGCGAUAUGACGAGUGCCUUUGCAAAACAGAGCAACAAAAAAGAGGCGUUACCCUUUUUAGCUGGCUAUGAUCCGACGGAUGUGGCAGCUGUCAGGCUGGCAGGGAACUCGCCCUCGCUAUGGAACAUUGCUCCUCCGGACAAGCAGCGCUUAACCAACGAUCUGCGGAACAAUCAUACGCUAAUUGCCCGCUUCUCCUAUUCGCUGACACGCAAGGCGCCGGCCAAGGGUCUGAAGGAGAAUGUGGGAGAUGAGCAUAUUAUAAAGCUGGAUGAAUCAUUCCAAGGACGCACUGCUCUUAUUAAUAUGUUGAACGAAACGCAGGAUCAAUUGGAGACCAGUGAAGGCAAUGGCACCACCCCCACCGGUAAUGGCACCACACCCACUGACAAUAGCAUCACACCUACUGGCAAUAGCACGAACGAGGUAGUUGUAGUGCUGCCGAAUAUGAUACCAAAGUUCAUCAAGGUGCUGAAUUCGGGUGAUGCAUUUGUUGUCACCGUCCUGAGCGGCAAGGAGCAGGAAUAUCGACCUCUCAUCAUUAAAAUGCAUCGUGACAAUGCAACCAAUGGACUCUGGUGGGAGAUACGUGAUUAUUGCAAUGACACCUUUUACAAUACCACAUUGAAGGACUUGCCCUACAGCGACUGUCGCUCCGGCAUUGUCAUGUACACAUUCAAUGACAAAAAGUUCCCAUCCACCUUUAGUUUCCUCACAGCCGGCGGCAUCAUUGGUCUUUAUACAACGUUUGUGUUAUUGGCCUCGCGUUUCAUGAAAUCCUUUAUUGGUGGGCAGAAUCGUAAGAUCAUGUUCGAGGAUUUGCCCUACGUGGACAGGGUGCUGCAACUAUGCCUGGACAUCUACUUGGUGCGUGAGGCAUUGGAAUUCGCUUUGGAGGAGGAUCUAUUUGCCAAAUUGCUCUUCCUGUAUCGCUCGCCGGAAACGUUAAUCAAGUGGACGCGACCCAAGGAGGAAUAUCUGGAUGAUGAUGGCGAUACCGACUCUAUACCAAGUCGGAUGAGUGUACGUCGUCCUGAGCAGCUGCAGCAACAUCAAUAUCAACAGCAACAACAACAAUAACAUAGGUCUUUUAAGUAAUUUAAAUGUUUGAGUUACCUAGGAAUUUGUUUACGUAUUUAGUACGUAUAUUGCGUUAACGUAGGUUUCAUAGUCUUUUUUAAAUUUAUACAGCAGUUAGUUAGAAAUGAAGAAAAACAAAAUAUGGAUAAGUAAAAGUCGAAAAUGGAAAAACUGAAUCACCAAAAUUAAUUAAUACAGCAUCCCAACAAACACUUACAGUUAAUUACAUUAAUAAUUGUGUAGUUAAAUAAUGUCAAGUACUGCCGCAAUGUGAAAACUAUGUAAAAGUCGAUGAAAAUUGUACACCAACUAAUUAUAACUAGUACAUGUCUUAAGUAUAGCAAUUGUAACUAAUGAAUUAAGUGAAAAGUAAGCGAAAAAUGUUGCUGUUUAACUAAUCGAAUUAAUAACGAACUAAUUAAUAAUUUGUCUAGGUUAUUAACUAAGUCAUACUUAUAUAUGUAUGUGUGUAUAAACUCUAUUAUAAUUAUUGUUAUAAUUAUAAUAAUAAUAAGGAGAACUCAUAUUCAGGGAUUUUUAGCAUUUUACAAAACUUAAUUGUAAAUUAAUAAAAAACUAAAGAACAAUUUCAAGUAAAAACUUAAACUAGGCAUGAAGCAUUCAACUUAUUUACAUAAAUAAGUUCAAUCAACAAUAAAUGUUUUAUAAUAAUAAUAAUAUUUAUUAAACAUAAAUGAAUUUCGUGUCGUGUGCGCAAGCUUCAUAUUUUUUACAUAAGUAUUUAUGUUGCCUUUGAAGAAAAAAGAAACAAUAAUAAUUUAAAUGAUAUUAUGUAUGCAUAUGUUGGAAAUGUUUGUUAUGGAAAUUAUUGAACUAUAUAUAUAGAUACAUAUUGUGAAACGUGCGUAUAUGUUGCAUGCAUAUUUAUAUAAAGCGUUGAAUUUAUUUAUAGGCAUAUCACAUUAACAUAUUUUUGUAUAUCGAAUGCAAAUUGUAUUAUUUGCUUAAUGGAUAAGCGGCAAUGUCAUAUCAAAUGCAAUAAUUAAAAGGCUUACAACGCACUCUGCUUAUUCAAAAUUGUCAAAAAUGUCAUCAUGAAAUACGCCUGCGUAUACUUAACAUGUAUCUCGAAUGGGUAAUCUCCAACUAGAUUUAGAUUAAACACACAUCUAGAAACAUCAACACACUAUAACACACACAGGCCAACUUAAAAUAUUAUGUGCUAUUUUAUACAUAUUUAAAUGAAUUAAAAAAUGAAAAUCAACUAAUUUUUGUACCAAGAAGCGAAAAUAUAAUCAUAAAAGUAAAAGUAUAUUUAACAAAAACAACAACUAAAAUGUACCUAUUUUUAGCGAUUAAUAUUUAAAAUUAGCUUACAAAAAAUCAAAGUAAUUGCAAUGACUACAAAUAGAGAAUCAAAAAUUUAUUGUAUCAAUUGAUAAA